UUAAAAGAAAAAAUCGAUACGUGAUUCAAGAUUAUUAUUUUUUUUAUUUUAUUUUAUUUUAUUUUUUUCAAUUGUUGUUUCUUCUUUUGUUUUCUUUCUCGUUUCUUUUUUGGGGGGUUGGCGUUUUGAUAUUUUUGUGGAUUUUGUUCUUUAGGGUUUUCAAUCUCUGUGAGAAAAGCAGCAUCAUAAUUUUGAAUAAAGAGAGGACAGAAUGGAUCAGCAAGGACAACUGCAUUAUGAUACAAGCCAAUAUGAACCAAACCAAGUUAUGGGAAAUCCUAGUCAAGGAUCAGUAGUUACAUCAGGUGGGCCUGCUCAUUCUCCUAGUCAGCCAUCAGGAUCUCAUCUUGCGCAUCACCAGCUUGCCUAUCAACAUAUCCACCAGCAGCAGCAACACCAAUUACAGCAACAACUCCAGUCUUUUUGGGCAAAUCAAUACCAAGAAAUUGAGAAAGUUAAUGACUUCAAGAACCACAACCUUCCCUUGGCAAGGAUCAAGAAGAUUAUGAAGGCCGAUGAGGAUGUACGAAUGAUAUCGGCCGAGGCACCUAUUGUAUUUGCCAGGGCAUGCGAGAUGUUCAUCUUAGAGUUGACUUUGCGAUCUUGGAAUCAUACUGAGGAAAACAAAAGGAGGACACUCCAAAAAAAUGACAUUGCAGCGGCAAUCACAAGAACUGAUAUAUUUGAUUUCUUGGUCGACAUAGUGCCUAGGGAGGAUCUGAAAGAUGAAGCACUAGCAUCGAUCCCAAGAGGAACCGUGCCGGUUGGAGGGGCCACUGAUGCAUAUCCUUACUAUUAUAUGCCAGCUCAGCAUUCACCUCAGGGUGGAGCACCGGGGAUGAUUGUGGGCCAGCCUGUGAUGGAUCCUGUUUUGUAUGCCCAACAGCCUCACCCCUAUAUGGCGCAACAAAUGUGGCCACAGGUACCUCAACAACCACAAUCACCCUCAGAUUCUUAGUCACUGAAACACUUACAAUUCCUGGAAAAAGUGGUGAGUGCAUUUAUGUUCUUUAGUUUCAUUGUUAUGUUUUUCAAGCAGAAUAUUAUAGCAGAUAAUUACAUGUUUGCUACUACUGCUUUUAUUGCAAUUUCUGUGCCCGCUUUCUGAUUUUUAUUUUUAUUUAUUUUUUGUUUCCUUAA